UCGUCUAUCAACCGUGACUUAAAGUAAUAUUUUGUAAGUUAGGACUAAAAUAAAAGUACUAUGGACUACACGUAAAAUAAAAUUCUUACAUGGAUUCAAUGGCACCAGGAACCAGCCUCAACUUCUAUCGCAAGCGGCAAACGUUUUCAGCCCUGGGCUCCGAGCGGCCCCAGAGCCUUCAGUCGGUGUAUAACAUCGCCAGGGAGGUGGUGGCGGCCGUCCAGGGGAGGCUGCUCAACCUGGAGGUGUCGUACUACGGUCCUGAGGGAACGGCUGAGUCUCAGGCUAAACAGUGGCACGUCCCGCUACAGCUGAUCCUGCGUCCAGCGAGGCUCUCAGGACUGGUCAGCUUGCAGCAGUUGACGGACAUAAGUGAACGACACUCGGACAGCACCGACAUAUUGACGGUAGACGAGGAAUCUCUGAUCACCAUUCAAACGUUAGUUAACAAAACAAUAAAGACAGUUCGCGAGGGUUUUUCCGAAUCUAUUUAUAGCUUGACGAAACUGCUGGAGUACAUGAAGAAAUAUUGUCUGAGCUUUAGUCAGCAGGAGGGCGAGGCGUACCUCGAGACGGCGACCAACUACGAGAAGCAGAGGCGUGACCUGGAGCACGCUAUCAGGAGUAACUUAGAGAAUAUCACCGUGAUGGCCGACAAGUUUGAGAAAGAAUCCCUGCACGUGCAGCACUUUGACCAGACGAUGAAGGAGAUGUGUGAGCGGUACAGGGUCGAGCACAGCCCCAUCGCCAUGUUGUUCACUGUCGCCUGCAGUAACCUGCGCAACGCCUGCAAGGGUAUCGUCAUGUGGGUGGAGGCCGAUAUGGCCUACCCAGAGUUCCUCAGCUUUGACAUCAAGGAUUUGGAGAAGAAGAAGGAGCAACAGACGCGGCUACACAGAGAAGCCCAGAUGAAGGCCAGUAUGAACGAAUUCAGUGCUAAAAGUCUGAAAAAAAGUAUCAGCGAAGGUCUGGAGGAGAUAAAGAAGUUACGUCCUAAACAGAAGGCGUUACAGGACGAAGAGAAAAAGCUGCGGGUGGCCAACAAGGAGGUCCUGGAGGAUCUCAACAUCAAGGAGUACAGGAAGCUGGAGAUGAAGAUCAAUGGCAGUGACAGGGAGACUCAGGAACAGUUCGAACGUCUCCAAACUGAAAUUAUCGACCUGAAAACUCGAAAACCCGCCAUAGAAAGACGCCUUACGGACCUUGAGAAACAGCAGACGUGGAUCAACGGCCGAGAGGUGCAGCUGCAGCAGAAGCAGGAGGCCCUGGAGAAGGUGCUGCAGGAACUCAAACUGUCCAGGAAGUCGGCUAGAAAAGCCGAGGUGGAGCUGGAGGCCUUGGACACGUGUAUAGCCAGGCUGAAGGAGAUUUAUUUGCUGAAAGCCAGCAACGAAACGCUUAAAAAGAUAUUCCACAAUAUGCCGGUGUAUUCCAAAACCAAUCAAGGAUUGAAAAAGAAAAAAGACGGCCUAGAGAGACUGUGCCGGUUUGUUGAAGCUGAGAUCGGCCCCAAGUGGAGCCGCCUCUACCGCUGCCUGCCCUUCUACCCGAGCCGGGGUGUCGAGACUAUCUCCUCAGACAUCGACGACAUCUCAUCCAGGUUCCUGAGGAACACGCAGGAACAGGCGCACCACGCCUUGUGCAGGUGGCGACGGAUGCACACCCGCGCAUGCGUGGCGGACCUGCGUGACGCAUUGGUGUCGAUGAGGCGGAAAGACGUUGUCGAGAAAUACGAUGAGAUCCGGCGGGCAAAGAUGGGGCGAGAUAAAACCACGUCUCCCAGGAUAUACCGCAUGGUCCAUUUUCCCAAGCUCAACCAGGGGGCCAGGAAAAUUCAUAACUACCUUGACUUUUAGUUUGUGUCGAGACAGUUUUUAUUUUAUAUUUGCAUUUAUAGUGUUAUAUUUAUGUUUAAGUUUUAAAUAAUCAUUAUGAUUUUAUGUUGAAUUGUGUAUUGUCAUUUUACAGUAAACUACC